AGUUGUGCUAUAUAUGUAUUGGCAAACUAUUCUUUUUUUUGGGGGGGCGGGUGGAGGAAUUAUUAAUUAACGCAUAACGCGUUAUUUAAAAAUUAGUUAAUUAAAUUAAAAUAAGUUUUCUCUAGAUAUUUGUUUAAAACCACGUUAUAUAUGUAAAUAAUAAAAUUUUAUAUAUUGAGAUAAAUUUAGGAAUUAUAUAAGUAGAAAAUAGUUGCAUUUCAUGUUGAGAAUAUAAAUAUGCUAAAAUAGUAAAAAUUUAAAGUAUAUAAUUGAGAAAAAUAAUUUAUGAUAGAAAAGUAAAAGAAAUGAAGUGCAAUAAAAAGUGAGAUUCCCAAUAAGUUGUUACGUCCCUGUCUUAAAGAGGAUGGGAGGGCAAGGAAACCGGUGCUUGACUGUUUGAGCGAACAAGAGAGACUAGUGCUGUCGAGCGCUAGUGUUUGUUACAAGAUGGCAGACGACGUGCCAUCCACAGGAGACGACGCGGCCAUCAACCUGAGGGACGACAAUCGCCGCGUAUCUCGGGAGCGGCAUAAACGCCUCUUGUUGGAAUCUGCGUUAGAUUCCACAAAAAUUUGUCUUUUCCCACAAGAUACAACAACAAAAAUAAAUGGAUUAUAUCAGUGCUUAAACGUGAUUGACAAUGUUACUAGUGAUAUUAAUAAAAGUUGUAACAAAAGCAAUAACCAAAAAGUAAUAGUUGUAGUGGAUGAUUCUCUAAGUUUUACACCAUCGAGCGAUAAUGAUAAUAAUGAUGAUGAUGAUGAUGAUUGUCAAGACAUCAAGACAAAAAACAACGUCGAGGAGAAUGAUGAUGACAACAAAUUGCAGCUCAGCAACAAAGAAGAUAAUGAUGAUGAUGUAAAUAAUAGACUCUUGAAUGUGAGCCACAGUGUUGAAUCGACAAAUGUAACAUUGCUAACAACAUCAUGGACAUCGAUGUCGACGAUUGAUCCACUAGGAGUAAAUGUAGUGAAUGGAUCAUCGCUUAUGACAUUAGGCUUAGUUGAGUCGGUUAAUAAAACGGGAAGAAGUGAACGAAUAGUGAAAGAAAGAAGUGCGACUAUUAAAAGUAUGGGCAAAAGUGGUUGUAUUAAAAGUAAUAAGAAGAAAAUAGAAAAAAUGAUUUCAGCAAUAGUGCGCAGUGAGUCGCGUGAAGUUGGUAAAGACAACAAGCAAGAAGAUGUAGCUAAGGACAAGAAAGGAUUGUCUCAAGGUCGAGUUAUAACAACUCGUUUACAGGAUACAUCCUUUAAGAAACAAAUCAAAUCCUCGGAAGACACGCUCAUCGGGCCUUGCGGCAAGAAACGGUGCGCCGAUCGAUACGAUAGCUCCGAGAGCUCCGACAGUGGCGUAACGGUAUCAUACGGAGAGAGUAGUAGCAGUGGAACAAGUGACAUAACAGAGCCAGGAUCACCUUGUAGCACAAGUAGCGACGAAGGACUAGGAAUUCGUGCAGCCUCAGCGAGGCUUACACUUCCAUCCUUGGCUUGUAAAAUGCCACCAUCUGCACCAGUUUUGCCUAAUGAUUCCAGGCCUCAAUGGCCAUGGACACCAUCACUUGCCAAAACAGCAUGCACGACAUUUAAAAGAUUAAAAGCCGAACCAGAAAUUGUCACAUCAUCAACUCGUGUUGAAUCAUCAUCUAGACAAGUAACUAAAACCACGAACAAGAGUCUUCAUCAAGAAUCUCAAGGAAAAAUCACUGAAUACUUUAAGACUCAAGUAAAACCACAACAACAAAAGACUAAAAAAACAACGGAAAUGUCUGUUCACGUUACUAAAAAUUCAACUGAAUUCCGUCAUCCAUCGACAGUACAAAGAAAUAAUAAAAGUGGCCUAUCAAAAUAUUUAUCAAAUAAUAAAAGAACAACCAAUGUCAAAGACUGGAACGUGAGAUCAUUAACAAUACCAACGUCAACAACAAAAAAAUCUCCUCUUGUUCUAUUACCAAGAAGUAUUGUGAAAUUAGAAAGAAAACUGCCAAAAUCAAUACCAACACUGCCUGUUACAAAUAAUGAUAUAAUAUCAACACUGCCAAAUAGUAAAAUUUCGUCCCUCAGGUUAAAUUCCGAUUCAAAUUCAGUAAUGGAAAAAGGAAAUGGAACGUCUCUUAAAUCGUCAUCAUCAUCUGAUGAUAAUUCAGAAUCAACUACUAGCUUUAAGAAUAAUAUAAUAUGCAUUAAUGAAAAUAAUAAUGUGAGCAAUAAUUUAUUAACAUCGACAACAUCAUUAAUAUCACAAGGCGAUCAUUUGUUUGUGAGAAAUUCAAUAGCGUCAAAUUUAAAUAAAAAGGAAGUUGAUGUUCUUCCUGAUGAAGAGGAAGAUGAUGAAGAAGAGGAUUCAUCGAGAGAUGGAAUAGAAACAAAACCUCCAUUAUCACCAAUACUUUCGGCACCUACUACUAUUAGAUUUCCUGCGCAAACACCUGAUAAGGAUAGAUCAUCAUCGUCAGGUGGUAGUGGUUUUUGUCGAUGGGACAAAUGUGAGGCAAUUUUUGAAUCGAGUGGUUGUUUACUCGAACACUUACAGGUUGCACACAUCAAUACACAAACUGGAGGUGAUAAUUUCGUAUGUCAUUGGCAAGGAUGUAAAGUAAAAGGAAGAACAUCAUGCUCACGAAGAUGGUUAGAGAGACAUGUUAUGUCACAUGGAGGCAACAAACCAUUCCGAUGUAUAGUUGAUGGUUGCGGAAGUCGAUUCAGUUCUCAGAUUGCUUUAGAAAGACAUGUCAAUGGUCAUUUUAAUCAGCCAGAAACAAGUAAUAAUAGUAAUAGACGCAGCUUUGAAAACAGUGGUAAAAUGAUGAGAAGAAAUGGCAAACGUCUUAGAUAUAGAAGGCAACCUUGGUCUGCAAGACUAUUCGAUUAUUUUGACACUGGCAUAAUGGAAGGACUUCAACAUCGUUUACUAGAAUUGGCAAAGUCAAGAACUCAAGGAAAACUUGCUGAAACUCCAGGAAACUCUAUGACUUUAACAAGUCAGAUUAUAGCCAAAAGGGUUGAGAAAGAUGGAAAAAUUAAAUUUCUUUUACGAUGGCACCCUCAUGGCAUAAUUACUGAUGAAUGGGUUUCCGAAACUGAAGUACAAGGAACAAAAUAUGUUGAAAUUCGUAAAAUGGCAACCUUAUGUCCUGAUGAAAUUAAUCAUGCUCUAUAUCCUGCCAUUAAUAAUGAUAAAGCACCUCAAGCAAGGCGAAAACAUGGACGAAAACCAAUGAAAAAUUCGUGAUGUCGCAUCAUUAAAGAAGAAACAAACUGUUACGUAAUAGGAAGUAAAAAAAAUUAUUUUGCCUAUGUUUUCUAGACCUUCAACAAGGGGCGAAUGGAAUGUCAGAACAAAAUUACAAGAAAAAAAAUGGAGGACAAACAAAAAUUAGAGGCAAUAAAGAAAAAAAAGGCAAUAUUUAAUAGAUAUCAAAUGAAAGAAAAAAAAGAAAAAAAACUAAACAACUAUAUUGCAGUAAUUUCAUGAAAAACAAUGAAGACUUAUUAUAUACACAUUUAGUACUAUAUCGAACAAAACAACUAAAGGUACUGCUUAUUUAUUUACAUAAAUUAUUAUAUGUAAUGUAAAGCUGAGUGCAUCGAAAUAGACUAUUUGUCCUUUUUGAUGAUGAAAGAUUCCUAAUGCAAACAGCGCAAUUUCAUGAAAUUCGAGCUCCACUUCGCAAGUGCCUCAUCAUAAAUAUUACAACAACAAAAAGAAAAAUGAGAGUAGCGGAAGUAGAAAAGAAUAUAGAGAAACACAAUCGAUUUUAAAACAAGUAUAUCGAUUACCAGGAGAUAAUCACUUCAGUGGCCUUAGGAAUCCAUUAAUAUCUUUAAACUGAUUCUUUGUCAAUUCUGAAUUUUCGCUUUAUUUCUAGAAUAUUGAUCUAAAGCGAAAACUCGUUGAACAUUGAAUCAACGAGCUUUAAACCUUUGGCCUCUAUUAUUAUCAAUCUUUUCUUAAUUAUACCGCCUUCCAACAAGACAUAAUAAGAACAUUGUGAAUCUAAUAUAUUGAGUGCGAAAAUAUAAAAAAAAAACUUGUAGUCAUGUCACAUUUUACUCAAUGGGAUUCACAGUUAUAACUUUAUUAACUAGAAAUAAUAUUUAAUUUUUCUCUAAGUAAAUGGAAUUUUUUUUUGUUUUUCGAUUUUUUUUUCGAGUAGAAAAAGAAGAGAAAAAAGGGAAAUAUUAAUAUAAGUAUUAUCAAUUUUUUCCCAUUUGAUUUCUAUCAAUUUCUUAAUAAUUCCUCCAGUGUUUGUUGAGAAAUAUUUUCAAUUAAAAAUAAAAUUAGUAACAAAAAAAUUAAAUUAAUUAAUAGCAAGAGCUACAAAAAAAGGAGACAUCGUGAUUAAAAUUGACGACAACUCCAAUAAGAUUCUUGAAUGAAUUUGAGAACUUAAAAAUUUGAUAACUUAAAUUGUUCUUGAUUCUUAAAUGACUCGAGGACAAAAAAAAACAUUAAAGACUUAAGAUCAAAUUUUUGACAUGUUUAUAUUCUCGAAUCUAUUCAAGAACUCGAAAUUAUUAAAAUUCUCAAAAAAAAGGCCUAAAAUUACAAAAAUUGUUGUCAAGUUGUCGGAAGAAUCAUGUUUUCAAUUAACAAUUCUGUACGAAUAAAAUAAAAAAUUCGUUACAUUGAAAAUUUUAACAUUUAAAAAUUCGAUUCACAUAGAAUUCUGUUAAAUGAGAAUUCGACUAAAUUAAAAUGGUUUUAGAUACAAAUUUGGAUAUAUAGAAAUUUUGUUGAUUCUGCUAAAUAAAAUUUUGUUUCAUAAAAAUUCGGGGUAAAAACUGUCCGUGUUUUGUGAAAUUUCAAAAUCGAAAUUUUUUUUUCUAAUCAAAAAUACUCCUAGAUACGAAAUAUCAUAAAAAUUUGAUAAUUCUAUGAAUUUACAUUUUGUUUUGUAUUUAAAAAAUUUUUUUAUUGUAAUAUUUAUGGAUACCAAUCAAAUAAUUUGAAAUUAAAUUGUUUAUUAGAAAUGAAUUAAUUGUAAAAUUAAAUUAUUCUAAAAACUGAGAUAUGAGUCAAAAAUAUUUGAUUAAUUUUUUUGUUCUCUCAAUUUUCACAAAUUUAUUUUCUCACUAUGAACUGUUAAUCCCAAAUGAAGUAAAAUGCAUAGACUACAAUAUAUUUCUGAUACUACGCAUUGUGGUCUGAUUAUAUUGAAAGAAAAAAAAAUGAGGAAAAGAAAGUUUUAAUCACUAUUUCAAAAAGCACGACGAAUUCUCUUAUAUUCGAUAAGAGAGUGGAAUAGAAUGUCAUUUACUUAAAAAAAAAAAAAACGUUAAUUUUUCGUCGGUAUUUGACAUUGUGAUAAAAAUAAAUGUGUAUACAUUUUAGAUUUAAGUAUAUUUGUACAUUAAGAGAAUCAGUUUUGUUUGAAAUGUAUAUAUAAAAGGUCCAAAAUUUUGGUAAAUGAAAUUAGGAGCUUGAGAGUGUUGAAAUUCUCAGACAUAAACAUAUAUAUAUAUAUAUAUAAAUAUAUAUAUAUAUGCAUAUACACAUACCCGCUAAGGAUCACUGCCAGUAUAUGAAUGUAAUGAAGAAUUUUUUUUUUAUGAUUAACUAUUAUCAUUACUAUUAAUUUUUAUUUGAAUAUUUUAUCGCUAUUAAUACUAAUACUGCUAUAUUAAAAAUAACUCCCUAUAGUUUUAACUAUGUACAUUCUAGUAUUUUUAGCAUGUGUGUAUCGACUCUUCGUUAAUUGCAUAUAUAUACAUAUAUGAAGUGCGGUUCACAUUUGGAUUUUGUAAAUAAUUAGAGAAAUUUUUCGAACAUUGUCAAUUUACGUCUGUAUAAUCUAAUUCCGUCAUAAGUUACCAGGUUCUAUAGUAAAAAAAAUAUUAUGUGUACGUCCAAGUUUGCAAGAUGCAAAAUUUUUUUUACAUUUUUAAUUAUGUCAUAAAAAAUUGUUUCAAAUUUCAAUAUUGCGGUAAAAAUUAAUUUUCUUCACUUUUUUAAAUUCAAAUAAGAGUGAAAAAUUUCCGCAAAAUUGCAGCAUAUUAAAUUUGUCACAAACUUACAUAUCUAAAUAAUUUAAUUCUUAAAAGUUAAAUUUUUAACAGAAUAUAAAGUACUAUUCUUUAUUUUCAAUUAAAAAAAAAUAUUCAAUUUUCUAAAAAAAAAAAUAAGAA